AUGGAGGACUAUGCGCCAAGUCGCUAUAAAAUGCUCGAGAAAAUCGGAGAAGGCGUCCAUGGCUGCGUGUUUAAGGCCAUCGAUUUGCAGCGCAACAAGGAGGUGGCCAUCAAAAAGGUGGCCCUGAAGAACAAAUUCGGGAACAUAGCUUUGAACACACUGAGGGAAAUCAAGACCCUGCAGCUCUGCAAGUCGGAAUAUAUUCUGGGCAUCAUCGACAUAUAUCCCGACCUGACCGGACUCUCCUUGGUGCUGGAAUACCAGCCGGACACUCUGUACAACCGGCUCAAGAGCGAGGUGAAUCCCCUGAGCCGCCAGCAGGUGCGAAAGUUCGCCCACCAAAUGUUCAAGGGCAUUGCCUAUCUCCACGAGGCGGGUCUCAUGCACCGGGACAUCAAGCCGGCCAACCUGCUGAUCAGCGACGCGGAUAUGCUCAAGAUCGCCGACUUUGGACUGGCCCGCCUGUACUUUCCCGAGGAGGAGGCGCGCCUCUACUCGCCCCAGGUGUCCACAAGGUGGUAUAGAGCUCCCGAGAUUCUCUGGGGCAGCCAGAAGUACGGAACCGGCGUGGAUAUGUGGGCAGCAGGCUGCGUGGUGGCGGAGAUGCUGCGUGGAGUGCCUCUGUUUGCGGGAACCACCGACAUAGAGCAGCUGGCCAUUAUCAUCCGCACUCUGGGCAGCCCACGUUUGAAUCAGUGGCCGGAGUUGACCUCCCUGCCGGAUUACAGCAAGAUACGCUUUCCCAACUCCGUGGGCAUUCACUGGGACAACCUAUUUCCCAGCUGCACACAUGCGGUGGAGAUCAAUCUGGUCUCAAAUCUGGUGGUUUACAAUCCCAAAAACAGACUUAAGGCCAGCGAGGCCGUUGAACACGAUUACUUUCACUAGUUAUAAGACUAUUUACACAGGUAUUGCUAGCAUCUAGGAGUUUUCCGACUCUUUGAAUCUGCAAGGAGGAAAUACAUGAUUAACUGAG